UACAUACCUUUGUGGAAUAAAACGUACUCUGCUGUCAAAUCUCAGCACCUGCUGCUCAAAACCGACUCCUUCCCCACCAGCACGUGUGAACUAUGUGGCUCGAUGCCUACCGUAUCUAAAAUGAGAUGGGCAGAUCCAUAUGCGGCGCAUCUUUUGGUGGCUUAUAUCAUUUAAAUACAACGCCGUACAGAUUGACCGGCAGGCUUACACGUUUCCCGUGAACAAGAACAAGGAAAACACAGAGAAAAACUACAGCGAGCACAUGCAUCUCAGAGAAGCCAGUAGCUAACUUGGUAGAAAAGCCAAAAAAAGAAGUAACUAGCCAGGCAGCAGUUGUAUGGAGCACCCAUGUCCACUUGCACCUCUCGUGUUCUGACUUGUCUGCAUGAGAAGGACUUAGAUUUUGAGCUUGUCAUAGUUGAUCUUUUCGCCGGCGAACACAAGCAGCCUCCUUUCCUAGCCAAAAAUCCCUUUGGUCAGAUUCCAGCACUUGAAGAUGAUGAUCUUACUUUAUUUGAAUCUAGAGCAAUCACAUCGUACGUUGCUGAAAGAUUCAAGGAAACUGGCUACGAUCUUAUAAGGCACCAAAACAUCAAAGAAGCUGCACUGGUGAAGGUUUGGACAGAGGUAGAAUCCCAACAAUUCCACCCUGCGAUAGCACCGAUUAUCUUUCAAUUCUUAGUGGCUCCACUUCAAGGCAAUUUACCUGAUCAAACAAUCAUUGACACCAACUUAGAGAAGCUAGGAAAAGUGCUUGACAUAUAUGAAGCUAAGCUGACUAGCACCAAGUACCUUGCUGGAGAUUUCUACAGCUUGGCUGACCUUCACCACCUACCUUACGCGUAUUAUCUCAUGAAGACCCCCGCAGCUUCGGUGGUAAAUGAGCGCCCGCAUGUUAAGGCAUGGUGGGAGGACAUUUCCUCUAGGCCAGCUUUUAAGAAAGUGGCAGAGGGCAUGAAUUUUGGUGAGAAAUGAAACUUGAAGAGGGUUCUGUUGUUUUAUUUCAAGUAUUUUGACGAAUAUGCGUUGGUUGUGAUCUUAAUGCAUUGAAGCUUCGAAACAAUUUAGGAAAAUUGUGGGGGAGUGCCCCAUGUGGCUGUCGUAGAAUAUUAAUUUGGUUUCUGCAAAAACUAUUCCAUGGUCUUGAAACCACCAUUGCUACAGUAAAUGUAGCCACACCAACAUAAUUGGUAUUCAUUGCUGAAAACUCGAUCGACCAUCUAAUUUCAAUUGGCACAUGAGGGAUUAUUGUGAUCUUAA